UCUCCCCUUUUCCUCCAAAUUAGAAUGGCGGCGUCGGUGAGCUUGGAGCCCGCGGGCCCCUGCUGCUGGGACGAGCCGGUGCGCAUCGCCGUGCGCGGCCUGGCCCCCGAGCAGCCGGUCACGCUGCGCGCGUCCCUGCGCGACGAGAAGGGCGCGCUCUUCCGGGCCCACGCGCGCUACUGCGCCGACGCCGGCGGCCAGCUGGACCUGGCGCGCGCGCCCGCGCUGGGCGGCAGCUUCGCGGGGCUCGAGCCCAUGGGGCUCCUCUGGGCCCUGCAGCCCGACAGGCCCUUCUGGCGUCUGACCAAGCGGGACGUGCAGACGCCGCUGGCCGUGGAGCUGGAGGUGCUGGACGGCCACGCCCCGGAGCCCGGGCAGCUCCUGGCCCGCGCGCUGCUGGAGCGCCGCUUCCUGCCGCCGGGGGUGCGGCGCCAGCCGGUGCGCGCGGGCCGGGUGCGCGCCACGCUCUUCCUGCCGCCAGGUGAGCCGUCUGCUGUGCUACCUGCACCUGUCUUCCUGAGAGGGCGUCCCCUUGGCCCUUGUUCUUUCCCCCGUGGCUCCUUGAUGUACACAUCCGAGAGACAACAGCGCUGUAGGAAGCUGGUUAGGGAAGCAGACAUCAGGCCUCGCCCCAACCCGCUGAAGCAGACCCUGAGUUUGACAAGACCUCCUGCCCUGAGUGAUUUCUCUGCACAUUUAGGCUGGAGAGCAGCUGCUCAUCCACCGUGCACCAGCCCCACAGUAGCAAGAGCAGGGAACUCGUUAGAGAUGCAGCUUUCUGGCCCUAUCCGAUUUAAUCCAUCUGGACUGUGAAUCUGCAAGCAGCAGUCUGAGUUGUGAACACCCUUCCAUGGCGAUCCCGAAGCAGCCGGACUCUGAAAACCACUGUCUAGAAAAAUGGGCUUGAAAGCAUGGUGUACUCAGAAUUGUUCUCCCAUGAGUGCCCAGCUGUUCCUGUCCCCUUGACUUGUGUAUGUGCCCACAGGAACAGUGUGGUUAAGGGCCAGGAAUGAGCAGGUUCAUUUGAUAUGCAAGAGGGAAAUUUUCCUGUGACCCGUUUGAGUGACCCUAAUAUCACUGUGAAACAUGAAAGAAACGAAGUAAAAUUGAGAAGUAGUUCUUUGGUAAACAAUGUUAAAAUAGUGUAACAGAUACAAGUAACAAGCAAAGAACCAACAGUGCUAAUGGGUGUAUGAUAAAAAGUCUCUCUCCAGUAUGAAAUCCUUCCACUUGACCUCAGGGGCAACCUCAUUUCCUUCCAGAUGAUAUACUAU